GAGAGCAACAAGAGAGCUGCCAUAUGGAAUAGCAGCACAUGAUGUCAGUGGUGAAGUAUAAGAAUUAAGUGGAAAAUAUUAUUGUCCACCUCACUAGUAUGUAUGAUCUCAAACCUUGACUUGAUGUGUGUGGAUUGAAGAGAAAUGCAAAGGUGCAAAUGCUCCAAGAAUACAUACUGAGACCAACCAUUCAUGGUCAAAAUACUUGGGAACUUGUUGACAGAGUAGUGCCGGUGACCAGGAAUAACCAUUCCUGACAGGAAUAACCAUGGGAUGUGGCGUCGCAAAGUCGAACAAGUUCCAUACAAAAAAGGGGGGAAAAGCCAUCACAUCGAUGAAGGCAGCUGUGUUGAUCCAGCGCUGGUACCGUCAGUAUGUGGCUCGUAUGGAGAUGAGACGCAGAUACACCUGGAACAUCUUCCAGUCUAUAGAAUACUCUGGGGAGCAGGCCCAGAUCAAACUUUACAAUUUCCUUGGCUACCUCAUGGACAACUUCAACCCAACUAGCACUGAACGCAACUUAAUCUCCCACAUAUUCAGAGAGAAUGAAGUGUGCCGCGAUACAGAGUGGGAGAGGCACUUCUGCUAUAAGAAUAUUGAGGUGCCAGAGAUCUACUCAGGUCCCCGUCUCAUCUUCCCUCUGACUGUGGAACAAGUGGCUGCCAUGGUAGAGGCCUUCAGGAAUAAAAGACAGCUCCACUCUCGGUACGUUCUCCAACUUCUCCUGGAAACAUGGAAGUUACUCCGAAAGCUUCCAAACAUCAGUCGAAUCUCCACCUGUCACAGCAAAGAAAUCACAGUUUGUGGUGAUUUACAUGGGCAGCUUGAAGACCUGCUGUUGAUAUUUUACAAGAAUGGCAUGCCAUCAUUGGAUCGGCCAUAUGUUUUCAAUGGAGACUUUGUUGAUCGAGGCAAAGAUUCCAUUGAGAUUCUCCUCAUCCUUUUUGCCUUCCUGCUCGUGUAUCCAAACGAUGUUCACCUCAACAGGGGAAACCAUGAAGACCAUAUUGUCAACUUGAGGUAUGGCUUCACCAAGGAGGUGUUGGGGAAAUACAAGAUGCACGGCAAGAGGAUCCUAAAGCUGCUUCAGAAGAUCUUCAGCUGGUUGCCCCUGGCAACAGUCAUCGAUCAGAAAGUGUUGAUCCUGCAUGGGGGCAUCUCCAACACCACGGACCUCUGCCUCAUAGCCAGAGUGGACAGACACAAAUACGUGUCAGCCCUGAGGCCUCCUAAGAAGAGGACACAAUACCCAGUGAGUCAGUCCUCUGUGGACUUGGACAUGGAAGACGACCUGUCAGGCACCAAGAACAACCAGCGCCGGGUCUCCCUGAUCAAGGCCAACUCCUUCGGACCCCGGGAUGGCUUCCAGCGCCGCUCACUCCAGGACUUUUCCGGCAGGGUCCCCCGGACUGUUGACGAGGAGAUAGAGGUGCGGCGGAGGCAGUCCGGCUUCAUCAAGGGCGGCUUCAGCCACAGUCAGGGGGAACUCAAUAACCUGGCCGUCUCCUCAGCGUCGCAGGAAUCCACCGACACAGCAGACACUACCGUAGAGGAGUGGAAACAGAUUCUGGACCUACUGUGGAGUGACCCCAUGUCUCAGAACGGCUGCAUACCCAACGAGGUGCGGGGAGGAGGCUGCUACUGGGGGCCAGACGUCACCCAGGACUUCCUGGACAGACACAACAUGCAGCUCAUCAUCCGCUCCCACGAGUGCAAGCAGGAUGGCUACGAGUUUUGCCACAACCGCAGGGUCCUCACCCUGUUCUCUGCCUCCAACUACUAUGAAGUGGGCAGCAACAGAGGGGCCUACGUGAAAUUGGGACCAGACCUAGUGCCUUAUUUGAUUCAGUACCAGGCUAGCAGUAUGACUCGAGAACUCACCCUCAGGAAAAAUGUGGGGAAGGUGGAACAUUCAGCCCUCAAGGUCCUGCGGGAACAGCUGUUUGCACACAAGUCUGACCUCGUCAGUGCCUUCCAAGAGUUUGACAAAGACAAAACAGGGCAGGUGUCUCUGAAUGACUGGGCUACGGCGGUAGAGAGUGUGCUGCGUCUAGGCCUACCCUGGAGGAUGCUGCGCUUUCAGCUGGCCACCUGCAAGACCCCGGGGGGCAUGUUGGACUACCAGGAGUGGUUCCAGGAACUUUCCAUAAAAGAGCCACAAAUGGAGCACAUCGAUCAGGGUUUGCUGGAGACCCUGUACCGCCAUCGCGCCACCUUGGAGACCAUCUUCAGAAUAGUGGAUUUAGACAACUCAGGGUUCAUCACAAUGGAGGACUUCCGUCAGACGUGGAAGCUGCUGAGUGCCUUCUUAAAGAUGGAGAUCACUGAUGAGGCUAUCUCGGACCUGUCCGUCACCAUAGACACCAACCAGGACGGCAACAUUGACAUCGAUGAGUUCAUGGAGGCCUUCCGGCUGACAGACAAGAAAAGCCGGCUGGAGAGGGGAAAGAGCAUGUUUAUGGGGACCACCACUGACCUGACCAAACUAGAGGGGGACCCCAAUAUAUGAGGGAUUAGUUGGACUGGAGGGGGAGCCCAAUAUAUGAGGGGUUAGUGGGACUGGAGGGGGAGCCCAAUAUAUGAGGGAUUAGUUGGACUGGAGGGGGAGCCCAAUAUAUGAGGGAUUAGUGGGACUGGAGGGGGAGCCCAAUAUAUGAGGGAUUAGUGGGACUGGAGGGGGAGCCCAAUAUAUGAGGGAUUAGUGGGACUGGAGGGGGAGCCCAAUAUAUGAGGGAUUAGUGGGACUGGAGGGGGAGCCCAACAAGAAUGUAGUAGUUUGAGUAAAAAAUAAAUAAAAAACAGACACUAUCCACUCAAGACCAACAAACUAGUACUAGUGGGAGAAAUUCCGUAUGGAGAGAGAGAAUGUAAGAGACUGCUUGUUUAUUACCUCAGGGGCUAUGGAGGUAGCGCACAAACAAACAAGCCAACAAGCUGCUUUGAUCAUUGACGCACAUUGAGACACUGAGACUAUGGGGUGUUACAGCAGUGUCGAUUAGGCUAGAAGGUGGAUAGCAGACAAUCUCCUUGGUGAUUAGAGCAUAUGGCUGGAUUAUAUUUUCAUCAUAGGUUGAAGUUCAAGAAGACACCACAGAGUGAUGUAGUUUUGGAUUAAUUCAGUAUGUAUGCAGAUGCAGAGGCCAACAAUAAAUAUACACAACGUUGUCAUAGUUGAUAUCCUUCCAAGCGGAGUGACUUGCACAUAAUUUGAAACGUUCAAAUAUGAAAAACAUUAUAUUUUUGCCAGAUUCAUGUAAAUAGAUCCGGACUGUUAUUGGUGCCUUAGUGAUAGAAUAGGGAAAGCAUUCCAUAAUUUUAGUGAAACUCUUAUUAAUGUACUGAUUGAAUCGUGUCAUUGCCAACCUGUCCACUGGAUGUGGCAGUAAGGUUAUAUAUCUCCAAGGGGACAUUGGUCCUUUCCAGUGGCGACCCGUCAUUCAUGGCAGGUGGGGCAGAGACCCACCUGUUUUGAGCCCCAACUGUUAAAUAUAUAUAUACAGUUGGACACACCUAC